AUGUUUCUCUUGACCAAAAAUGCACUAAAUAGGUUCAAGAUUCAAAGCAUUCAACAAAUUAGGUCAAGACAGAGCCACGAAAAUCGUUCACAAGAUUUCCAUGACAAAUACGGUAACACUGUACUAGCCAGUGGGACCGCUUUCUGUGUUGUUGCAUGGAUGUUUAUAGCCACACAGAUUGGAAUAGAAUGGAACCUGUCUCCUGUUGGCAGAGUCGCUCCAAGAGAGUGGAAUGAUGAGUAG